AACGUCAAACGUGGACUUCCUACAGGGCGUUGGAGGAAUAUGAAAGCCGCUUAGUGUAUCGUUGAGUUCAGCACCAUGGGAGAACUAGCUAGGUAGACUUCUGAAACGCCUUGAAUAGGUUAUUUGGAUUCAGAUUCCGUCUGCAGUUAUGUGGCCUGUGAUCUGGACAGCCAUGCGCACCUACGCGCCCUACGUGACCUUCCCCGUGGCCUUCGUGGUGGGUGCUGUGGGAUAUCACUUGGAGUGGUUUAUCCGAGGAACUCCCAAAACACCAAGAGAAGAAAGGGGUAUCGCGGAACUGCGAGAGGAUAGGAAACUGGAGGAAUGGGUUGGCCAGGAUAGCACAGAAGUCCUAAGUCUGAAAGAUAAACUAGAAUUUACUCCCAAGGCAGCACUGGAAAGGAACCGACCAGUGAAGAAUUAGUUGAAUGAACAUGACUCUUGCCCCAUCCUACUUGCUGGUGGCAGGAAAGUAUGGUAUUAUCUAAGGCCAAAUGGAUAGCUACAAGGUAUAUAAGCCCAUAGUUCUGUAACACUUCCGUCCACUAGGUGGAGAUCUUCUGUGCUAUAAUUCACCCAUUCAGCUGCUGGAGCAGUAAACGGUAAAUGCUGUGAUGGAUACAAAAUUAUCUUCAAAAAUGCAAUCCAAAAACAACCAAUGCUCAGAUGCAAAACAGACUUUUGCCUGAUUAAUCCACUUCUACGCAUGCUGGACCUCCACUCACUGUAUCAUUGUUUGAUGCUUUGAUGGAGGUUUAGCUAAAGCUGCCUGUCAUUUUAUUCUACUGUGGUCACAUAGCUGAAACUGGACAUUAAGAUUGUCAUUUCCCAAGUGUUUUCAAAGCCAAAAGGAAUUCCUGUUGAAUGCAGAUAGUUACUCUGUGUGCACUUGUAGCUGUGUAUGCUUUUGAUCUGCUUUUGGGAACUUAAUGUGAACAGAAAUUAGGCAUAUUUCCAUUACCUCACCAGAAAAAUAUAAGAUAAUAAAUGGUAAGUAACUCAAAAA